UGAGGGGUAUAUUAAAUAGAAGGUAUCUAGGCACUUGCCUUAUAAUGAGGGGUAUAUUAAAUAGAGGGUAUCGCUUAGGCUUUAAUGAGGGGUAUAUUAAAUAGAAGGUAUCGCUUUGGCUUAUAAUGAGGGGUAUGUUAAAUAGGAGGUAUCGCUUAGGCACUUGCCUUAUAAUGAGAGGUAUAUUAAAUAGAAGGUAUGCUUAGGCAACUCCCCCAUCCAAUGGCCAAUCAAAUCUUAUGGGAAGUCUCUUAUAUAGAGGUGUGUUUGAGGUAUCUAAAAGCGAGGUUCUGCUUAUCAAUCAUGUACCGUUUUUCGACUUUAACCAGUCUGCCAAUGAAAUAUCGUUCAAAACAAAAACAAUAUCAACAUAUUUUAGACUAGC